UUGCUCCCAGGGAAACCUCUGCACGCCCUCCCCAGCUGCUCUCGGUCGCCUCCUCUCUGCCCGCUGCCCAGGGUGCAACCCGGCUUGCAGGGCUCCACGCGACCCAGAUUCCCGCCCCGCCCCCGCCCCUCCCGCGCCCGCAGCCAGUGCGGCAGACGCGGCCGCCUCUGUCCAGCAUCCGCUCGGGGACCAGCCGUGGAGAUCACGGUCGCCAGUGCGUAGCAGAAGCGAAGGCGGAGAUGGAGACCACACUGUUGCGAUCCCAAAGCUGCUGAGCCCACCGCUGUCCCUGCCCCGCCCACACUUACUUUGCAAAAGCAAAUUUGGAAGCAGUUGCUUGAAGACAGUUGGCAUAGCAUCCGGAGAGUCAAGGCCUGCACAAUGAAGCACUUCCUGAGCUUUCUAUCGGAAGGGUGCUGUCUUUUGUUCCCCACAGGAUGUUGAUCCAGGUGUGCCUAUAUUUUUACUGUAAAUUUUUGUGGCGCUGCAUGAAGUUUGUGAUGCGGAAGCUCACCGGAAGGUGCGAACUGCAAAGGAUUUGCUACGGCACCAAACCUGGAGCUUCCAGAACCAUGAAAAUUGAAACGUCACUGAGAGAUUCAAAAAGCAAGCUGUUGCAGACAUCCGUGAGUGUCCAUCCUGAUGCUAUCGAAAAGACUAUUGAUGACAUCAUGGAACUGAAAAAAAUUAACCCUGACAUCAAUCCACAGUUGGGGAUCUCUCUCCAGGCUUGCCUUCUGCAAAUCGUGGGUUACAGAAACCUCAUUGCAGAUGUGGAAAAGCUGCGCAGAGAACCCUAUGAUUCCGACAACCCCCAGCAUGAAGAGAUGCUUCUGAAGCUAUGGGAGUUCCUGAAGCCCAACACUCCGCUGGAGUCUCGGAUUUCGAAGCAGUGGUGUGAGAUUGGCUUCCAAGGCGAUGAUCCGAAAACAGAUUUCCGAGGAAUGGGUCUUCUGGGACUUUACAAUUUGCAAUAUUUUGCAGAACGGGAUGCCACCGUGGCUCAGCAGGUCCUCUCCGACUCUGUUCAUCCAAAAUGCAGCAAAUUCAGCAAAACAGAAUGGGAAAAGAAAAAGAUGGAUAAAGCAAUUGGGUACUCCUUUGCAAUUGUGGGCAUCAAUAUCACCGACCUGGCGUAUAAUCUGCUCGUGAGCGGCGCUCUAAAAACACACUUCUACAACAUUGCCCCCGAAGCUCCGACACUGUCUCACUUCCAACAAACAUUCUGCUAUCUGAUGCACGAGUUUCACAAGUUUUGGAUUGAAGAGGACCCCAUGGACAUAAUGGAGUUUAAUCGAGUGAGGGAGAAAUUCCGCAAGAGGAUCAUAAAACAGCUGCAGAACCCAGAUAUGGCGCUGUGCCCGCAUUUUGCUGCAUCUGAAGGUUUAAUCAACAUGUAGUGCCCACACUGGUUUCAAUGGAUACCCCAGAACACUGCCUCAUUGUCAUCCUAGAUCUCUGCUUAGGUGACAGCUCACACACCUAAUGCACAUAAGUUAUUAUAUAUAUAUAUAUAUAUAUAUAUAUAUAUAUAUAUAUAUAUAUAUAUAUGCAUGCCUUUUGGUACAGUAUUUUCAUCUCUUGGUCAUUAUUCCAAGAUUCCCCCAAAAUCACUAUUUCUGGAGCAUCUACCCUCCAGUGAUUGCUCACAUUGUGGCAUUGUGCAGUGUUAACAUCUGUCCUUGGCACCCAGGUAUGAAGAACAUUUUCUAUUUUUUUAGAUUUUUUUUCUCCCCCUUCACCAUUCCAUAUUAAAAAUGUGUAAUAAUUCUCUAGCUGUAAUUUGUAUGUAAGAGAGUUAGCUGAAUCUCGUUCUCUGUUCAUAUUUAUUAAAAUGUCUCACAAAUACUGCUGCUGCCGCUCAAGCUGGACUCCUGCUUGUACCUCGUUUGGGUAAAGCAUAAUACUUUUAAAAUAAUACAGACACAUGAUAAGCCAAACUCUUCCUGCACAUAUAACUGCACUUCACCAGAAUGUAAUGAGGCUAUAAGAAAUUAGCUUAAAUAGGAACCAUCCUUGUGUGAAAUCCUGCCAAACUGUAGCCUAACUUAACCACAGUUGCAACUGUGUUGUAAUCAUCAGGAUAGAAAACUACUAUGUUCCCAUCGCUUAAUGGCUUGGAUGUCUAAACAUGUGUAUGAUGCUCAGAGCCCCAGAGAAGAAGCCAUUUCUUUCCAAGGCUGCAAAGGGUUUCUCACUACCUGACUCUUGCUGAACCCGGACUUAGUCCCUAGAUCUGAGGAUCCUUGCUUAGGGGAUUGAGUGCUGGCUGCUGUCUAUGUUGAGGGGCAAUCUUUUAAAACUUUUGGCAAGAAAAUGUGUUAGAACACAGGAACCUAAGCAAUGAUAUCAUGCAAUAUUUCCUGAAAUUAGCAUCCUUGUAUCGGCAGAAGAAGUUGCUUGGAAGAAGAAAAACAAAAUCAUCCUCAAACUGCUAAGAAUCACCUUCUUUAAAAUGUAAUUUAGUUUGGAAUUAUGAUUGUAGUCUGUUGAAUAGUAUUUACCAUGGUAUUUCAUACCCGUGGUAUUUUAUACUUUGAGACUAUCGAUUUUAGUAUUAUUAGAUGUUUGUGUAAUCACUUGCUUAUUUAAAUAAAUUUUGAGUACUGACUAACUGUCAGUAUAGGAAUAAAUUGCAUAUCAUUCUA